CGCACACCACAGUGCUGUCUCUAUGCAAGAUUUGUUUGGACAACGAAUGAAUCUGAAAUUCCUCAGAGACCGGAACACACACACAAAGUAUGGUGACUGCAGUACUACGCCUAUCAAGCUGGACUAAAGCGUCUCGGUGACAGUAAAGUAUUUUGACAAAGGUUUGUGUUAACGUUAGGGAGAAGGAGGAUAAAAGAGGGGAACAGGUUUUCUCGGUUGCUACGUUGCGGACUUGCUAAUAAGCUAGCAUCGGAGUUCCACAGCCGGCUUCGUUAGCUUAGCUAGCUAGCAAGCUAACAAGCUGCGGGACAUCUAAGGAAAUGAGGUGGGAUCUUGUCAGUGGGAAUUUUAUUUUGUUGAUAUUUUUCAGAUUAAAACUGCCCUGUUAAAUGUUAUAAUAGCCGUUGCGAAGUAAUGCUGAGAGCUGUGUUGAUGUGAGGUGGCAGCCGAGGAGGUGGUGAGGUUGCUCAGGUAGUUAUGAGCAAUUUCAACAUUACAACCAAAACCUCCACGUUAAGAUCUUCUUUGAACGCAGACAGUAAAAGCGUCGACGCUACAAACAACAACAAGGAGUGGGGUUUGGUAAGCGAUGUGUUUUCCUACUGUCACAAGAUGAGUCCCAUGGAUGACACGAUGCAGGCAGGGAUGUCCUCCGUCCAACCGGGACUGGACGGACACCUGCCGUUCCUACACACCCGGCACCACAGCACCCAGGACGGGUUGUUGUUCGACCUGAGCUCCCCGGCCACCUUCCUGGACAGCAGCUCUUUGGACUACAGCGACAGCGACGGGAACAACGCGGGUCCGUUGUUCGAGAGGAGGAAGAGGUCGCGGUCCAACAGCUCCAGACACCGCUUCAACGAGGUGGUCACGGAGCUCGGUCCCGAGGAGGUGCGGUGGUUUUACAAAGAGGACAAGAAAACUUGGAAGCCCUUUGUGGGACACGACUCGCUCAAAAUUGAACUGAUGUUUCGGAAAUACUGUGAGCUGAACCCUGGUAGAGCAGGCUCCCAGAUCAGCGGUGGGGAGGAAGAGUGCGGUAAUAACGGGGUGGAGAGCAGAGGACUGAACGGUGCAGUGCCGGUGGAGACGAGGACCAGCAGUGUGCACGGUGGCAGGGGGUCCCUGGACACGUCCACCGUGUCCUCGGAGGAGAGAGACCCUGACAGCAUUGAAAUCAACAUGGAGCCUGUGUGUGUCCGGGGAGGGCUGUAUGAGGUGGAUGUUAAAGAGAAGGAAUGCAAUCCUGUUUACUGGAAGCAACAAGACCAUAUUCCAGUCAUGCGAGGUCAGUGGUUUAUCGAUGGCACCUGGCUCCCUUUAGACGAAGAGGAAAGUGACCUCAUCGAACAAGAGCACCUGAACCAUUUCCGAGGACAGCAAAUGCAGGACACCUUCGAAACGGAUCUAGUUGUGAAGACCGUCGAUAGCAAAGACGUUCUCUCCCACCUGCCCCCUUUCUACCUCCCUUUUCUGUUCAAAUGGAGUGGAUAUCAGACGAGUGCUAAAACUACAUGUCACAAGCGCAAACGCUGCCAAGCCAUCCACAGUCUGAAGCUGAGUCGGACCCACGUGGAUUGGCACAGCGUGGAUGAAGUAUACCUCUACAGCGAUGCCACAACCUCCAAAAUUGCACGCACAGUCACCCAGAAACUGGGCUUCUCCAAAGCCUCCAGCAGUGGAACGAGGCUCCAUCGCGGUUAUGUUGAGGAGGCCUCACCUGAGGACAGACCCCCUCAGACUACGCACAUCGUCUUUGUGGUCCAUGGGAUUGGGCAGAAGAUGGACCAGGGACGAAUCAUUAAAAACACUGGAAUGCUGAGGGAGGGUGUGAGGAAGAUGGAGGAGAAGCACUUUUCAGAGCACAAUGACGAGCAUGUGGAGUUCCUGCCCGUCGAGUGGCGUUCCAAACUUGCACUGGAUGGAGAUACGGUAGAUUCAAUAACCCCAGACAAAGUGAGAGGACUCAGAGAUCUACUCAACAGCAGUGCCAUGGACAUCAUGUACUACAACAGCCCCCUUUACCGGGAUGAGAUUACCAAGGGCCUAACGCAGGAGCUAAACAGACUCUACACACUCUUCUGCUCCCGGAACCCCGAGUUUGAGGAGAGGGACGGCAAAGUGUCCAUCGUGUCUCACUCCCUCGGCUGCGUCAUCACCUACGACAUCAUGACUGGAUGGGAUCCUGUGCGCUUCUGUCAGCAGGAGCAUCACGCUGUGGAGGAGGAGCUGGACCUGCGCUGGAUGUCCUAUGAGGAGAGACACGUUUUAGAGCAGCUACGGAUCACAAGGAACAGGUUACAAGAGCUGGAAGAUAAACUCCUCACACUGGAGGCCUCAAAACCCCCGGCACGCCCAGCUCUCAAAUUUAAGGUGGAAAACUUCUUCUGCAUGGGUUCUCCUCUGGCGGUGUUCUUGGCUCUGAGAGGGAUCCGUCCUGGUACCAGCUGCCACCAGGACCACAUCCUGCCCACCUCCAUCUGCAGCAGGCUCUUCAACGUCUUCCAUCCCACAGACCCUGUGGCCUACAGACUGGAGCCCCUCAUCCUCAAACAUUACAGCAAUAUUGCUCCUGUUCAGAUACACUGGUGUAGCGCCACUAACCCCACACCCUACGAUGAGAUCCGGCCUACCUUCCUGAACCCAGUCAAAGACCCGACGUCCGACACUGAGAGCAUCCCCAGUCCGAGCACUUCUCCCGUACUUAGUCGCAGGCAUUAUGGCGAGUCCAUCACCAAUCUGGGGAAGGCCAGCAUACUGGGAGCUGCGAGCAUCGGGAAGGGCAUCGGAGGCAUCCUCUUCUCACGUUUUUCCCGCUCCAACAGUCAGCCCUCGGUUUCUUUAGGACUGGACGGAGGGGCGAACGCAGAGGACGAGGAACAGAAGCGCACAGAAAGCCAGUCAGCAUACGGCCUUUCCACCAUGAUUCGGCCCAGCAUACCCAUCAGUGACACGUCACUGGAGCUGGAGCGGCGCAUCGACUUUGAGCUCAGAGAAGGUCUGGUGGAGAGCCGCUAUUGGUCGGCAGUGACCUCCCACACAGGUUACUGGUGCUCACACGACAUAGCACUCUUCCUGUUGACCUUCAUAUACAAGCAGAAGACGACGCCUUCUGACCCAGAGGAAGAUGCUCCGGACCCAGACUGAGGCAGCACAUUUGUGACAACACAUACUUGACACUUGAAUGGUGUCUUAAAACCCAAAAGUGGGUGUGUCGCCUUCUUGACGAGACACGAAAAUAAACCUCAUGCAUUUAUUUUUCAUGCACACAAACUGCUCAGUCACACUAACAUUCUUCGCCCCCGAUAUCUCCCUGUGAUCCAGCUCUUUUAACUCUUGGGAAUCGUCAUCGACAAACUGACUUCAUUCCAAGAUGUGCAUUUUUUUUGUCUCUUUUUGUGUAGUUUGUACGCACUUGCACACCCUAAGGGUGACAAUUUUGGACAAGGAACCCCUAAGGAGGUGCACCCUUUGCCAGUAUAACUACGAGCUACAUAUAAACAUGGAACAAGAUGCAGGAGAGUUGAUCGUUCACCCUCAAGUCCUCAACCUUAAACAGCUGCAGCCUGUUGAUAAAGUGUCCAUACGUUUCCUGUUCAAUGCUUAAAUCCCGCUCGCAGACUCAUCAUGGAGCCUUGUGACACUCUUGCCUGACCCUCGGUCACUGAAGUUUCGAGUUCUGUGUCUGAUCUCUUUAACUUUUUUUUUUUUUUUGUCUUACAUGAAGCAGAGAGAAAUAGAACUGUCAAAAAAUUUAGUGUUAUCUUUAAAAUAAACCUUUAGCUACUACAUCUGAAAAACUUAAUGCAAUGCCUUUCAAAAUUAGCCAAAUAAUAUUACUCAUGUAGAAUAUUUCUCUUUAGUUUUUCGGAACAAAAACUCCGGGCAUUAUCCCUUUAAUAAUGUUUUGGAAGUGUGAAAAAAGACAUAGCAAACAUCACAUUUUUAGUUAGUUUUCCUUCUCUUAUUUUUACGUUUGCCUCUUUUUAACAUGACUCUUGAAAUAGAUAUGUACCAAAUAUAACAAAAAGCACCACUUUUAUACACAGUCAACUGAAACAGAAUUUCCGUUUGGUUUCCUGCAACUAAACUGUGCAAUUUUUGUCAAUAUACCAGGCACAAAAUGUCUCUUUACGAACAGUUACAGCUCAACAUCCUGCAGGACAUCAUCAGUUCCCAUGUGACAUUACUGUACAUACAGAGGUUUACAGCCACAUGAGGCUUGUGUCAUGACGUUCUUUAUCUAAGCUCUUAAACAGGAGUCAUACAUGCAUAGUUAUUUUCUUACACCCGGCUUCAUUUUUUAAAAUCUCUUGGUGAUGUCAUUUUCCAGACAAGAGGUCUCACCCGCAACAGUCAUUACAACAAUGCUUCUUUAUUAAGGAUAAAUCUUGGAGAUAAUUUUCUGUGCUAUAUCUUUAUAUUGAUAUCCAAAUGAAAAAAGUGGCACUAGAUGUAUUUUUUCUUAAAAAAAACCGAAAUAUUUUUCCAAGUGAUUUUCAGGCCCUUGCAGAUAUAAACCUGGAUCUCAUCUCUUGGAAAAUGGGAUUCAAACUGGCGGCCAUAUGACGUUUAUGUGUCUAGCUUAUUAGCUGCUCGGCAAUAGUAAUUCUAAGGCAACCUCCAAGAAAAAAAUAUGUCUAGGGUAAAAAAAAGCUUCUUUUUAAUUUUCGUGUAUUUAUGAUACACUUUAAGCAAAAGUUAAUAGUAUCUCUUUUGCCUUUUCUUGUGACCAAUUCACACAUUUCCUCAUUUGAGCUUUGAAUAUGUCAGCGUGACUUUUUUUUAAUGUGCGAAAGAAGAAAGAAGAGUUUCUUUAAUCUUAAAAAAUAGUGUAUUCUUAAGCUACUAGACAUGUGUCAUUGCUUAAUUGGCACUACUUGCAAAUUUCCUCCAAAAUGACAAUUGGAGACGGCAAAUCAUGACUUUUGUUUUCUAAAUAUAACUUUUGCUGCCUUUGCUUUGUCAGAGCAGUUACUUUUAAAAAUAAUACUCCUGUAAUGAUGGAUCGUACGAAUGUCGUCCUUCAAAAAAAAAAAAAACACACCAGUCAUGAUUCUGCAGAAGUUCGAACACGUACUCACUUUGCAUGGGGUCAUAUUAAUGGUGUCAUAUUAAUAGUAGAUGGAUGUUGGAACAAGAAGACAUUGCAGAGAGUGCCAACACACAUUUAACAAACUGCUCUGUGUUCUUUAUUGAUUGUUUAAUGACUAAUAAUGAAAUAAUUUGUUAAACAUUUUGCAAGGGAUAAAGAAAUGGAAUCACGGCCAGAUUGGAAUUAGACACACAUAAUUAUUGCCAGUGUCAAAUUUUCUUGUGACAAUAUUGUGGUUAUCAAAGAGCUUAUUUUUGAUUUUCUAUGGUGCAAGCUGCUGCUUUACUGUUCCACACAAUCAAGGGCUGUUGUUGACUAGUCCACCACUGAAUGGAAUCCAUUUAUUGGCAUUUAAUGUCUAUGUUAUUUAUGCAAAGGCCUACUGACUGAAACCAGGCUGCCUCUCAGAUGACCGGAGAAAGCUGGGAAGUGGAAGUAGGGACAAAUAAGGGAGUGGAGUAGCAAAGUGUUUCUAUAUUUGACCUGGUGGAUCUUGUCCAUUCAUCAGCCAUGAAUUGCACAGAAAUUCUGCAGAAAACGGCCCAUUGUUGAUGUUUGUUUUCGUUGAGCAUGUGUAACUCUGCAGCAAUGGAUGCAGAAAGCGAUUUUAACGUGUCACAUGGGCAGUUGGCAUGCAAUUUCCCUUGGGGACCUGAGACACGUAAUGCAAAAUACAAGGACGUUGUUGCCUCUGCAUCUUGUGUGGGUUCAGACACUGGAAAUAUGUAAGAGUGCGGACAGACUAUAGUAACACUAACAACAAUGUUUUUGCUAGUGUUUCUGAUUUGGUUGAGUUUCCAAAAUGUACACGAACUUUGCACAUUUUCCAUUAUAGCAAUUCAAGCACAGAUUUUUCAACUGUGUUCACGCUGCUUACAAAAAAAACAGCAACUAAACUGGAGAGCAUUCAAAAAAUAUUGAAGAUACAUUGUACUUUUGACCAUAUGAGCAUUUAAUGCACAGCAUUUUGAAUGAUGACAGUAUAUUUUUCUUGUUAAAAGCACCACAAGCAUCAGGGAAACGUCUACUGUUAUGUGUUUUGUCGAUUCAACAUUGCUGUUGACACCAGUUUGAAGCCAUUAUUGAGUAAAAGAAUUUGACGCAAAUGAGGAAGGGCCUACAGCCAUAUGUAAUCAGUCAGUGGGUGAGAAAAAGAAAUGAGCAGUGAAAUUAAUCGUCAGUGUGUUGAAUGAAAUGUGUUUAAUUUGUGCUCUAACUUUGAAUGGAUGUCUGGAAAAGUGUUUUUGUCUGUCCUUAGAGCUGUGCAAUAACCCAUGCCUGUAAUGGACUCUAACUGCCAUCCAAAGCACUCUAUUUAUUUCCUUUUAUUAAAGCGUUUCCUUUUUUUUUGGA